UAUAUUAUUAAAGAACCAACCUUAAUCACAAAAAAAUGAUAACCCUAGAUACGUGUAUAGAUACUUAAAUGAGAAAAAAUUUAUUGAGUUUAGUAUAAAAAUAUACCUUUAUCUUGAGCCUUGUUUCUUUUUGUAUUCAAUGUUACAUACUCAUGAGUAUGAUUAUCUAUCCCCGAAAUCGCCCAGAUUUGUUAUUUAUUUAGAUUGGAGUCCGCGCGUAAGUAUAGCAGUAAAUUAUGGAAAAGAAAGUUGCAGUUGUGACUGGAGCUAAUAAAGGGUUAGGCUUUGCCUUAGUCAAAGGGCUCUGUGAGAAACUAGAUGGAACAGUUUAUUUAACUUCAAGAGAUGAGGAAAGGGGUAUUCAAGCUCGAAAUCAACUAAAAAAAAUUAGCCUUAAACCUGAAUACUGCCAACUGGAUGUAACAGAAGAAAGUAGCAUUAAAAGAUUUCUUACUUACAUUCAAAACAAACGUGAGAAAAUAGAAAUAUUAAUAAACAAUGCUGGAGUAUUAUUCCUUAAGGAUGCGCCGGAACCCAAACUUUUCCAAGCAGAACAAACACUCAAAGUUAAUUUCUAUUCUUUGGUGAAUUUUACUGAAGCGAUCUUACCAAUUUUAAAUGAUAACGGGUGUAUUUUAAAUAUAUCCAGUUCUUCUGGACAUUUGUCGAGAAUACCUUCCGAAGAUAUACGAAAUAGAUUAAGCAAGCCUGAUUUGAGUUUGGAGGAAUUAAAAACUUUAAUGCACGAAUAUUUAGAUGCUGUGAAACAAAAUACAGAGGUUGAAAUGUGGGGAGCGUCACCUUACGUCGUCUCUAAAGUUGGUGUCAAUGCUUACACCUUCAUGUUAAAUAGAAGAUUAAAAAAUAGAGGUAUUCGUGUAAACUGCGUACAUCCGGGUUAUGUAAUGUCAGAUAUGACCAAGGGAGCCGGUUCAAUAAGCCCUGAAGACGCUGCGUCACUCCCAUUGCAAAUAGCUUUGAACCCAGAAGAUGGAGGAUUAUUUGUGUGGCAUGAUGGUUCAAGGGUACCUUGGGACGGACCUGACCCUAGAGGCUAUAUUGAUAAGAUAUUGUAACUGUAAUAUCACCUGCCAUUCUUAAUAACAAUUUAAACAGUUA